CAGCAACUGGCGCAGUGGAGACUGGAGAGGCACAGCAACGGCAGCGCGGGGGUCGCGCGGGUCCAUCGGAUCGGGAGCGCGCGGCGAGGCAGGCGGGGUCGCCACCACCUGUCGCGACGCGACCGCGGGGGGCGCGCGUCUCCUUCCUUCCUCCCCUCACCUCACGCUGCCUCCCUCCCAUCCCCUUCGCCCUCCUGUCCGCCUCGCUCCCCGCUCCCUCUCGCUCUCGCUCUCGCCUUCUCGCCACCGAUCCAUCCGCCCCCGUGGCGCGCCGCCCAUGUCGUCGUCGGUGUCCUCCGUGCGCCUCCCGCUGCGGGCGGCUCCUCCCCUCUACGGCCGCCGCGAGUGGAGGGCCGAUGGGGCCCGGGCGCCGUCUCCCGCGCUCGUCGCCGUGAAGCCGCUGUCGUGCAGGGCGCCCGCGUCGUACCGCUCCGCGCUGCUCCUCCACCGCCGCCGCCGGUACGCGCUGCCCCCGGUUGCCGCCACCGCCACCUCCAAGCCCGUCCUCAAGGACCCGAAGAAGUAUCAGGAAUGGGACUCUCUGACGGCCAAGUUCGCCGGCGCCGCCAAUGUCCCCUUCCUCCUCCUGCAGCUUCCCCAGAUCAUCCUCAACGCCCGUAACCUCCUCGCCGGCAACAAAACCGCGCUCUUCGCCGUCCCAUGGCUCGGGAUGCUCACCGGGCUGCUCGGGAACCUGUCGCUGCUGUCCUAUUUCGCUAAGAAGAAGGAGACGGGGGCGGUCAUCGUGCAGACCUUGGGCGUCAUCUCCACCUAUGUAGUCAUUGCCCAGCUCGCCAUGGCAGAGUCCAUGCCAUUGCCACAGUUCGUGGCCACUUCAGCCGUUGUGGCCGCUGGGCUGCUCCUGAACUUCCUCAAUUACUUUGGGUGGCUCCCGGGAACACUCUGGCUGCUGUGGGAGGAUUUCAUCACAAUAGGUGGCCUUGCAGUGCUUCCUCAGGUUAUGUGGUCAACAUUUGUCCCCUUCAUCCCCAAUAGCUUACUGCCUGGCAUAAUCUCUGGUUCUUUGGCUGCCACAGCUGUCGUAAUGGCAAGAAUGGGAAAGCUUUCUAAGGGAGGGAUUAACUUUGUUGGAUCAUUAUCUGGCUGGACGGCCACACUUCUCUUCAUGUGGAUGCCAGUUGCGCAGAUGUGGACAAAUUACCUCAACCCAAGUAACAUCAAAGGGUUGUCAGCUUUCACUAUGUUGCUUGCAAUGAUUGGAAAUGGACUUAUGAUUCCUCGUGCUGUAUUUAUCAGAGAUCUCAUGUGGUUCACUGGUUCUGCCUGGGCAUCUUUCCUACAGGGUUGGGGUAACUUGGCCUGCAUGUACUGCUUCGAUAGCAUCAGCAGAGAAUCUUUCUUGGCAACAACAUUUGGACUUCUUCUGUGGCUAGGAUUUACUCUCUGGAGAGAUACCAUUGCCCAUGGCAACAGCUCACCCGUGACUUCUUUGAAGGAACUUCUUUUCGGAAAGUGAAUAGAACUCCAUUAUGUCCAUAUUCAGCAGCAAACUGCUGCCAGGCAGGAAGCUCUCCUACAAUAAUUAAUGGUGACCGGCAAGAACCUGUUCGACAUUGGCAUUAUUGAGGUGAAGCACUCUGGUCGACAACCUAUUGUCGUGGUGAAACUGGAACCUCCCAGCUUGCUGCUUGCAGAAAGUGGCAUGUGCUCCUACAGAAAUUACCAGGUGGCCAGCUUGUGCAUCUGGCAGAGAAGGGUACAGUGUGUAGCUUUUCUUCUUUUUUUUUUUUGUAAGAAAGAACUUUAUGUUUCUCCUCUUGAAUAAGACUGUCAGGUCAUGCUGGUAUGGGAAAAUGCAAACCACUGGCCAUUGGGUCAUUGGUGAUGUCCAGCAGCUUCAGCCGAUUCGAUUCCUGGUGAUUUAUGCUUUCUUGAUUAUU